UAUAUAAAAACUCUGCAGUGGCUGGAUCCCUCACAUGUCCUGAUCAACAUGAGCGGACAGCGUCUGGUUCGGCUGGCCUUCCUGGCAGCAGUGUGGGAGGUAGUGUGUGGUGGUGUCGUGGGUGGGGAGUGGCGGCAGGGGACAGGGCUGGCUUGUGAUGAAACUCUGAACCUUGACUUCUCUGGCCCCGAGCCACAAGUGGAAUGUUCUUCACCAUGUGAAGACAGUGUGAAGACAUGGUCAGCCGGACCGCUGUUCAGGCGGGAGGCUCGCCUGACUGAGCAGGGCUACAUGGUGAGGCAGGAAUACCGCCAGGACGGCACGAUCACCUGCUCCCUCGUCAGCGACGUGCCAGAAGUGCAAGACCUUCAAUCAGCCCUUCAAUCUGAGGCCUGUACCUCUGUCUCCGGAGGUCCUGAUGUGACCACUGUCCCCGGCAGCUCUGAGGUGUCCACUGUCUCCGGAGGUCCUGAUGUGACCACUGUCCCCGGCAGCUCUGAGGUGUCCACUGUCUCCGGAGGUCCUGAUGUGACCACUGUCCCCAGCAGCUCUGAGGUGUCCACUGUCUCCGGAGGUCCUGAUGUGACCACUGUCCCCGGCAGCUCUGAGGUGUCCACUGUCUCCGGAGGUCCUGAUGUGACCACUGUCCCCAGCAGCUCUGAGGUGUCCACUGUCUCCGGAGGUCCUGAUGUGACCACUGUCCCCAGCAGCUCUGAGGUGUCCACUGUCUCCGGAGGUCCUGAUGUGACCACUGUCCCCAGCAGCUCUGAGGUGUCCACUGUCUCCGGAGGUCCUGAUGUGACCACUGUCCCCGGCAGCUCUGAGGUGUCCACUGUCUCCGGAGGUCCUGAUGUGACCACUGUCCCCGGCAGCCCUGAGGUGUCCACUGUCUCCGGAGGUCCUGAUGUGACCACUGUCCCAGGCAGCUCUGAGGUGUCCACUGUCUCCGGAGGUCCUGAUGUGACCACUGUCCCAGGCAGCUCUGAGGUGUCCACUGUCUCCGGAGGUCCUGAUGUGACCACUGUCCCAGGCAGCUCUGAGGUGUCCACUGUCUCCGGAAGUCCUGAUGUGACCACUGUCCCCGGCAGCCCUGAGGUGUCCACUGUCUCCGGAGGUCCUGAUGUGACCACUGUCCCAGGCAGCUCUGAGGUGUCCACUGUCUCCGGAGGUCCUGAUGUGACCACUGUCCCAGGCAGCUCUGAGGUGUCCACUGUCUCCGGAGGUCCUGAUGUGACCACUGUCCCAGGCAGCUCUGAGGUGUCCACUGUCUCCGGAGGUCCUGAUGUGACCACUGUCCCCAGCAGCUCUGAGGUGACCACUGUCUCCGGAGGUCCUGAUGUAACCACUGUCCCCAGCAGCUCUGAGGUGUCCACUGUCUCCGGAGGUCCUGAUGUAACCACUGUCCCCAGCAGCUCUGAGGUGACCACUGUCUCCGGAGGUCCUGAUGUGACCACUGUCCCCAGCAGCUCUGAGGUGUCCACUGUCUCCGGAGGUCCUGAUGUGACCACUGUCCCCAGCAGCUCUGAGGUGUCCACUGUCUCCGGAGGUCCUGAUGUGACCACUGUCCCUGGCAGCUCUGAGGUGUCCACUGUCUCCGGAGGUCCUGAUGUGACCACUGUCCCCAGCAGCUCUGAGGUGUCCACUGUCUCCAGUGGUCCUGAUGUGACCACUGUCCCCAGCAGCUCUGAGGUGUCCACUGUCUCCGGAGGUCCUGAUGUGACCACUGUCCCCAGCAGCUCUGAGGUGUCCACUGUCUCCGGAGGUCCUGAUGUGACCACUGUCCCCAACAGCUCUGAGGUUACCACUGUCUCCGGAGGUCCUGAUGUGACCACUGUCCCCGGCAGCUCUGAGGUGACUACUGUCCACGGCAGUUCUCCUGGUAUGACUGAAAGUACCAUCACUUCUAAUCCACUGAGUACGAUUGUAGUGACUGGAUCCACUCAACCUAAUGGUGGCAAGGAAGAUACCUCUGAAACAGAAAGUUCCACAUUUGAGACAUCAACUAUUCAAGACUGUGCUGAGAACAAGGACACUACGGAAUCAUUGACCCAGUCUGAUAUCGAUAUUCUCAAAGCGUCCACCAUCGCUCCAACCACAAUACUGCCCACAACUCUGCCGCCUACAACACUACCACCCACAACACUACCACCCACAACACUACCACCUACAACUCUACCGCCUACAACACUACCACCCACAACACUACCACCCACAACACUACCACCCACAACACUGCCACCCACAACACUACCGCCUACAACACUACCACCCACAACACUGCCACCCACAACACUACCACCCACAACACUACCACCCACAACACUACGACCCACAACACUACCACCCACUACCACCACAACAACAACAACCACCACUCCUCGCCCCACCACUGUUUCGUACGGCUGUCCCAGCGGCUGGAAGCUGUUUGAUCAGUCGUGUUACUACGUGUCGACGAACACAGGUAGUUGGGAAGACGGAAGAAGUUUAUGUCGGUCUAAAGGCGGCAGUUACGUCAAAAUCACCGGAGUGGAUGAGUUCAACUUCGUAAAAAGUCUUGUAACUGUCAACACGUGGAUUGGUCUCAAUGACAGAGAUACGGAGGGACGCUAUAUCUGGGACUCCGACGGCAGUGCUGUCUCGUACAAAAAUUGGGGUAGCGGAGAACCAAACGACGACAGCCUCUUUAAUGUCGCCGUAGAAGACUGUGUCGAACUCCACGAAAACAAAGGAUUCCUUUGGAACGACGAAAGUUGUGGAUCAUCCAGAAGGUUUGCCUGUGAAAGAGCUGCAUACGUGUACACGGGUUAAGUCACGAAACCAGCCGCCAGCAGUCCCGGGGCGUGAAAAAUAUAUUCCUGCAGUUUAUGAUGAACAGGUAUUUGAACGACGAGACGGGACACUUCGAGAUAUAAAUAAUAAUUGUCUGAAGCAACUGAGGGGAAAGCAAAGGCCGGAUAGAGCCGCAGCACCAUCGCCGUGAUCAGCGAGAGUUUGAGAGGGUCGUCUACAGGCCGCGACCUUCCUCCGCAAGUACAACCACCACCGAUCUUCAUCAUCUUAAAAGAAAAAAAAAGUGUUAUAAGUAGAUUUUCCGCGUAUAUUUGUCACCAACAAUAUAAUAUAAUGUAAAGAUUUCCUUCUCGGGUAAAAUGUAUAUUUGCUUCACAUUAUUAUUCGAAGUGUUAGUUAGGGUUCAAUCCAUAUAUGAAUAAAAGGUAUUGAUUCGGGAGCAAA